AUGUCACUGAGCAUGCAGGGUUCAGGAAGAGAGUGCUGGGAAAACUCACCGCGUAUGGAUAUCGACCUGCACGCUCCCUUUUCGCAAGAGCAACCCGCUCCAAGAUCUCUCGUCGAGCGAGAAGCUGAACGCUCCGCGCAUAGACGCGAGUCCUCCCUCGACCAGGGCAUAAAUUAUCACGAAGCUCGAUCCCUCCUGCAAGACGGGGAAUUUGGUCGCAUUGACCCCACUGGCUGGUAUACCCACUAUAAGACCUGUCUGCAACAUUUUGUCGAAUUCAGCCAAUUCAAUCCGACUAUCCAAUCCAUCGCAGCCUUUAUCAAUAUCCGCCUGCCUGCUCAACAUCCUGUCGACCCGACCAACCCGCAACUUGAACCUGCCGCCUCAUUCAUUUCACUCCGACCUUACGUGCGCCGUUUAAUUAUCACUGCACAAGACACGCCUGUCAACAUGCUGGCUUUCUUUGGUCCAGACUGGGAAGCAGGUGUUGGUUGUAUUUACAAACAAGAGCGCACUAAUUACCUCUUCGCGGCGAAGAGUAGUGGCUGGGCGGACACCAAGGCUUCCUAUGAUAUCCUGCCCGACGAACAGACCCCAUUCUUACGUCCUCUCCGCGACCCCUCUGAGGAUGAGAUCCGUGCUGCAGAGGCCCGGUGGAGCGAGUGGCUAGCAAUGGAGGAUUGGAUGGUGGGGGCACGCAGUCCGUGGUAA